GUUACAACGCAAGAUUAUUGUUAAGAACUAGACUUGACGGUGAAACAGAAAGUAUUUUAAAGUUCAGCUAUGAUGCCUUAUGCGAUGAAGAUCAAGCUUUGUUUCUUCACAUAGCCUGCUUUUUCAACGGUGAACAGAUUGGCAAAGUAGAAGAGUUUCUUGCAGAGAAAUUUGUUGCUGUUAAAAGUCGUCUUCGUGUUUUAGCUGAGAAAUCUCUCAUAUCCGUAGACUCAGAAGGAUAUAUAAGGAUGCAUGAUUUGCUAGCACGUUUGGGUAGGGAAAUUGUUCGUAAACAAUCCCCUAACGAACCUGGGCAGCGUCAGUUUUUGGUUGAUGAUGGAGAUAUACGCCAAGUACUACGUGAUGAUACACUAGGUAGUCGAAGUGUUAUAGGAAUAAACUUUUUGUUGGAGAAGGAGUUGAAGAUAAGCGACCAAGCCUUUGAAAGAAUGUCCAAUCUCCAAUUCUUAAGACUUGAUAGUCAUUAUGUUGAGCAUAUUAUACUCGUACGAACAAAUAGUCAAUACAUAUUAGAAAGUGUGAACUGUCUACCUCGAGAAGUUAGAUUACUGCAUUGGAGAACAUUCCCGAUGACAUGUCUGCCUUCUAAUUUUAAUCCGGAGCUCCUAAUGGAAAUAAAAAUGAGUUGUAGCAACCUUGAGAAAUUGUGGGAAGGAAAUAAAACGAUUAGAAAUCUCAAGUGGAUGGAUUUGUCUCAUUCCAUAAAUCUAAAGGAGCUUCCUAAUCUUUCAACUGCCACAAAUCUCCGAGAACUGGAUCUCGAGAAUUGCUCAAGUCUUGUGGAGCUUCCUUCUUCUAUUGGGAAUUUGACUAAUCUCAAGAAAUUGAAUCUCAUGCUGUGCUCAAGCCUUAUGGAACUCCCUUCUUCUAUUGGUAACAUGACUAAUCUUGAGAAUUUGGAUCUCUCUGGAUGCUUAAACCUUGUGGGACUCCCUUUUUCAAUUGGAAAUAUGACUAAUCUCAAAAAGUUGUUUCUCUCGGUGGCGCUCCCCUAUUCUAUGACGGCUAAGUAUUUGUACGGAUGCUCAAGCCUUGUGGAGCUUCCCUCUUCUAUUGGUAAUAUGACUAAUCUUGAGAAUUUGGAUCUCAAAGGAUGCUCAAGCCUUGUGGAGCUCCCUUAUUCUAUUCUAUUGGGAAUAUGACUAAUCUUGAGAAUUUGGAUCUCAAAGGAUGUUCAAGCCUUGUGGAGCUCCCCUCUUCUAUUGGGAAUCUUCAUAAUUUGAAGAAGUUGAAUCUCAGAAAUUGCUCAACGUUAAUGGCCCUUCCAGUGAACAUCAACAUGAAAUCUCUUGAUUUUCUUGAACAUCAACGUUAAUGGCCCUUCCUUGUGGAGCUUUCCUGAGAUUUCCACAAACAUUAGGUUUCUAGGAAUCAUAGGAACUGCUAUUGAAGAAAUUCCAACAUCAAUCAGGUCAUGGUCUCGUCUUGAUACCUUAGACAUGUCAUACAGUGAAAACCUAAGGAAAUCGCAUCAUGCUUUUGACCUCAUCACGAAUCUUCACUUGAGCGACACAGGAAUUCAAGAAAUUUCUCCAUUGGUAAAAGAAAUGUCUCGUCUACAAACACUUGUAAUCAACGGAUGCACAAAGCUGGUUUCGCUCCCACAGCUUCCAGAUUCAUUAAAAUUCAUGCAUGUAGAAAACUGUGAGUCCCUCGAGAGACUAGAUUGCUCUUUUUACAGGACAAAGCUGAGUGAUCUUCGCUUUGUUAACUGCCUCAAACUGAAUCGAGAAGCAGUAGACCUUAUUCUCAAGACAUCGAUAGAAAGAUGGGCGAUCUUUCCCGGAGAAACGGUGCCUGCAUAUUAUUUCAGUUACAGAGCCACGGGGAGUUCAGUGUCAAUGAAACUGAAUGGAUUCGAUACACAUUUUCCUACAUCCUUGAGAUUCAAAGCUUGCCUCUUGCUGGUUACUAACCCUGACGACGUUGGGCCUGCGGAUUGGUACAGGUCGGAUAUAUCUUAUUGCAUCAAUGGCAAACUGAGGGAUGUCGGUGUUUUCCCAGCAUAUAUGGGACCCACUCCGUCCACGUUCUGAGCAUCUGGUCGUAAUCGAAUUUGAAGAAACUGUGACUUCCCCCGAAUUAGUCUUUGAGUUCAGGUUCAAAAAAAGAAAACUGGGAGAUUAAAGAAUGCGGACUACGUCCUCUAGAAAGCUUAGCUCUCUCAGUUCGAUGGAAGCUGAAUAAACAUUUCGCAUUUUGCAGUAUGUGUGUAAAAGAUUAUCAUUGUGUAAUAGCAAACUUAUUUCAUGAAAAAGAACACAAAGUUGUUUUACUUA